GAAGUCCAGGUGCACUUUGUUCCUCAUCUGAGACAACCAACCACACACUGGACCAAACAAACCGAGAUCUUAACACUUGUGGUAUUCAUUGAAGAACAAAAUAUUGUCAAUAUCCACAUUUUAAUUUUUCCGUUUCGUUGGAGAAGAGGAAGGAUGUUAUGCUUGUGAAAUUAGACAAUGGACGACGAGUUGCUUUACACAACAAUUGUGUUCGGGACCAACCACGUUUCUCCCUGCGACUCAAAAGUCAUAAAGGAUGAGAUUAAAAAGGAGCCGUUGGAGAACCUGGAUCUGACCACGUCAGCAAACAGGUCACAGCAUCCAGCAAACAGGACACAGUUACUGCCGUUGAUUGCUUCAGUCUUUUUGGGGCUCCUCUCUCUCCUCCUGCUCUCCGCGAUCAUCUAUCUGCUCUUACACUCAAGAGGCGCUCAAAGUGAAAUGGUGAGACGAGUAGAAGACUUGAAGAGAGAACGAGAUGCUCUCAACUGGACUCUUAACGUCAUAACUGCAAUGGAAGUCUUUCAAGUCAAAGAAUACUGCCCGCAAAAAGUGUGUAAGCCGUGCCAGAAGGGUUGGGUUUCUUUCGGAUCCAGCUGUUAUUUAUUUUCCAACGAGUGGAAGUCGUGGAGCGAAAGUCGGGACUAUUGCCGACAGUUUCAAGCCCAGUUGGUGGUUAUCCAAACACAGGAGGAGCAGGAGUUCAUCGCUAACCAUACCGUGACCUAUAAAGAUAAUCGUGGUUACUGGACUGGAGGGAAAUGGCAGGCGGGAAACCGGGGGACCUGGGACGACGGAAGCGAAAUCACAACAACGUACUGGGUGGACAGGUCUCCCACCAGGAUUGGCUGUAUCAAUUCUCUUAAAAGGACAGACCUGCUGGCCAGCUGGAGAUUAGUCAGCUGCUUCGAAAACCACCGCUUCAUCUGUGAGAGCCCAGUUUUGAUGAAGGCAUUCUAGGAACGUUUUUUUUCACCCUGUGGUACGUGAAGGUACAGCAGGUUAUACGUGAAUAGUGUCGCUUUGUGCAUUCAUUGUGUUAUCGAUUGUCAUUUUUCAUUAAUGUGUGUUUGCUAAAUAAAUAAACCAAUUACCAUGAC